CAAUGAGCAGCGGCCACGCAUUCUCCCUUCCCUGGACUAUUCUUGGUGGGUGGAGAGAGCCGCAGAAGGCAGCUGGAAGAGGAGAGGACCGCGCGAGGCUCCGUGCCGGCGAGUUCGGGUGCUUUUCCUGCGGUCCGAGAUGCGAUCGUUGGGACCCGGGAGAUAGCGCAGCUCGGGUUCGGGUUCGGGGGCGGCUACCGCGACGGCGGCCGCCACCUGAGCAGGAUGUUUAACUGGAACGACGAGCAGCACCAGGAUCUCAUCAUGAGUUUCUUGGUUGGUAUUGGCGAUCACCACUGUGAUCCUUGGAGUGUUUGGGAGCUUGACUGGCUUCGUCUUCCUUCUGCUCACUCUGCCAGUCUUGUAGGCUCUGCUUCUCCUGCAUUGACUUCUACUUCUUUUGCUCAGUGGCAUUAUCAAUUGAGAAAUGUAUGUGGUUCCCGGCUAUCCACUCUUGCCUGUUGUGGUCUUUUGGGAGAUACCUUGGUGAUGUUUCUUUGGAUCAAUAACAUGAUGGUAAGGGAUGCAAUAUGGGCUGAAUUCAAUGAGUGUGAUGACCAUAUUGUGCCUUGUCCUAAAGGUGCAGAAGAUAACACGAUAGUUAGUUCCAGGGUUCGCAAGAACAAUGAGGAAGAGGUGGCUAGUAUUGCUGCCAUCACUGAACAGUCUGCAGGUGUUCAAAAUGGACAUCAAGGGAUGGAAAAGCAGACUGCAAGUCACACAAGUGCACAUAUUUCAGCCACACAAAUUGACAUGGAAUCCUGGCCUGAUCUUCCUUCCCUGAAUCCUACACUUGAUAGAAACUAUAGUGAUGACAACAUAGCAUCCACAUAUCUGGAUUUUUGUGCUGCAACCAGUUUACAAGAAGUGACCAGAAAUUCUACAGAGCAACUAGAUGGUAAAUCAGAAGUGUUUGGUAAUGAUCAAGAAGAAAAGAGUAACAGUUUCCUUGAUUGCGACUGGGGCAAUAUUGGAGGUUUUGAUGAUUUUGACCGUCUAUUUAGCCAUAGUGACUCCAUAUUUGGUAAUGAGAUAGUUGCCAACGACAGUGAUUUUCUUUCUGCAUCUUCGAAUUUGAUGGAUACUGCUGUGCUAUCAAUCCCAGUUCCGGUCGAAGCACAUAAGAGGCCAGUGUGGUCACGUAGAAAACCAGAGGAAAGAGGUAAAAGUAAAAUAUCCAGCAGUACAAGUGGCUUCUCCCACAGCAAAGUAGAGAGUUCAUCGACGAAUUUGCAAACUCCUAUGGAACCUGUACAGACUCCUCAAUAUGCACUGUUCCAGGAUAGCAAGAAGAUAGGAGAAGUUCAGCAUGCUAAUCAGUUUAUGUUUCCUGGAUAUGGGUAUCCUCCUGCAUAUCCAUUUCCUACCAUUCCGUUAGUGUCAAACAUUCAAGCUGAAGGCUAUCAGACAAAACCAGCUGGCACAAGCUACCGAACUUCGGAAGAUUACCUAAAACAGUCAAGUUCCACAGAAAUGUCACAAGAUAUACCAUCAAGACCACUAACAAUGACACCACAAGAAAAGAUAGAAAAGCUUAGGCGCCGGCAACAAAUGCAAGCACUGAUAGCUAUUCAGCAACAACAGCAACAGUUUGGUCAACAGGGUCCUGGCAGUGACACAAUGGUGUCUCAAGCAUACACCCCUGGUAACAAAAAUCCGGAUUCCUUAGGGAGUUCAAUUGUCAUAGAUGAAAACACAAAUAAGGUUAUUUCGCCUGAGAUGAUUCCAACUGACCAUGACCGGGUUCACAAGAGUUCUGCAAUUUCAGAUGAUCCCUUUAUAGAGGAAAAAAUAUAUUAUCAGCUACAAGAUGCUCUUGGCAAGUUGGAUACCAAAACUCGACUAUGCAUUCGAGAUAGUUUGCUUCGUUUGGUCCAUAGUGCAACAGAGAGAAAGAUUGAUGGUGAUAGGAGCACUAACAAGACUAAUAAAGAUGAAGAUGAAGCUUCGGAAGACGCAUCUACUAGGAAAACAAGGUCUCCAAACAAGGAAGCAGAAACAACCACUAAUCCAAUUGAUCGUAUAGUGGCCCAUUUGCUGUUCCACAGACAUUGCUCCAAGGUUGCAAAAGCAACAAAAGAAAUAAUAUCGUCAAUCCCCUUGACUCUAGAACCUGAGCCGAAGGUACCCUUGGGAACUCCUAGGGUUCCAUCAAAAGAUCAACGAGAUGAGCAAGAAAUUGUGUUGCAACCAUCACAAUAAUGUGAGAUGUGCUAGAAGAUAAGGAUAAAAAGUUAUGCAAAUCCAGUGAUGAUGGCAGUCUUAUGAUCGCCUGUGGCCCUGGAGAUCGCUUGUGUAAUAUGUAGCCAUUUCAACAUUGUAGGAUCCUUUUAUUUUCAUCCUGUAAGAACAUCUCAGAUUGUAUAGGAACCUACGAUUUUGUGCCGAGCCGUAAAAAGAGCAAACCUUGGCUCUGGACAUAAGGCGUGUUUAGGAGCAAGAGGAUUAAAGCAAACCUUGGCUCUUGGCUCUGGACAUAAGGCGUGUUUGGGAGCAAGAGGAUUAAAGUUGAUUGAAGGGGCUAAAAUCCUUUUCUAUUCAAUUUAAAAUAGUAAGAGAGAUUUUAGUCCUUUCAAUCUUUUUAUGAUGCGUUUGGUUGCAAUGAUAAGACGAGACGAGAUGAGAUAAUCCUUCAAAUAAUGUUGUUUGGUUUAGGGUCAAAGGUUGAGAUAGGAUUAUCUCAGUGUUGUUCCAGUUAUCCCUCAAAAUUGGAGGAACGAGAGAUGACGCCACAGAACGUCCUGUCUCGCAACCAAACGCACCAUUAGCUUCUCAAUCCCCUUCUAAACAGCUCAAUGUAUGGUUUGCCCCAUUUAUGUGAAGAGAAGGCCUUUUGUA